CAGCGGAAGUCUCUUUGUUUACUUCCUGUAGCUAGCCGACAGCUAACCGCUAACUGGCAGAUGCCUUGCUGGUCAGGUGUAACCUGUAGUUUCUUGAGAUUAAUUACACAUUUUAACUUCGUCACACUAAAUCCUUCAUCUCCCUUCAUCCCGGUGUCCGCCUGUCGUUUCGCUGUCCGGUCCCAGUCCAGGUUGUCGGUACCUGUCGGUGUUUCCUGGCGACGGGAUUAUUCUGUCAAACGUCAAAUGCCCAAAAAAGACAAACCGGUGAGAGGACAGGUGAGCUCGGGGCAGGAGCGGCAGGCUGAGGCGGCCGGGCCGGUGGCUCGAGACAAAAGCGGCGCGGUCACUAUCACGGUGCACGUGAAGCCCGGCUCCAAACACAACGGGAUCACAGAUGUUUCUGCAGAGGCGGUGGGUGUCGCCGUCGCAGCGCCUCCUACAGACGGGGAGGCGAACGCCGAGCUGGUCCGCUACCUGGCCGACGUCCUGGACCUGAAGAAGAGCCACGUCGUGCUUGACAAGGGCUCCAGGUCCAGAGACAAAGUCAUCAGGCUGGACUCCUCCCUCAGCCCGGAGGAGGUGCUGAAGAAGCUCAGACAGGCUGCAGGCUGACAGGAGGACAGAAGAAGAUGGAGGAUGCAUGAGGAUGGAAACUCUGUCCGGGCUUCUCACCUCGACCUGUUCGGCUGCUGCAGGCACUGAGGAACGAGAACAACAGGAAUGUUACCAGGGAAAUGGACAGAUCCACCAAUCACCAGUGACCAGGAGGUCUGUACCUGGUACCACUGGGCCAGCUUAAUGUUCAGGAAAGGAAGAAGUUUACAUGUGAUAUGUUGGAAAACCUUAAGUGACUCAUAAAGUAUUUUUUUUGUAUAUUAUUGAGAUUAAAUGAGCUGAACAUUACUAAUAUACAGCUGUCUGAUUUUAUUUAAUUUGCAGAUUAUGACCCAACUGAUCAAAUCUUACAUUUCCCUCCUGUUACACUUUUGUAUUGUCACUAGUAAGUUGAGGAAACUAAAUUGGAUUGAUAAGUUGGAUUUUGCUAAAAAGGAAAGAAAUCCUUCAUCAUUUUCAUAGUCACAUAGUAUCUUAUUGGAAAAACAGAAGACUGAAUUCAUAGAACCAGGCAGUAGGUGGCACUGUAAUACUAUUACCUAGCACAUUGGCAAAAUAAAGUCAUUGACAGAGGUGGUGAUUUUUUUAAUAUUAUUUUUUGUCACUGACUAUCAUAAAAAGCAUUAUUAUUACUGCAGGUUUAUGGUGCAAAUAACCCUGAUUGGUCAUUAGUCAAAUCCUGAAAUGACUGCAUUGUUGCAUGUUGUUGCUUUGUGGUUUGUGUCUCUUGUUCCAGCAAAUAACUGGCCAAAUGUGCAUGAUGUGAUGUCACUUCUGGAUAUUUCUGUCAGUGACAAUGGAGUUUGGCAGCAGAAAAUGUUUCAGCAACUUUAAACAUCAAGCGUGUCACAUUUUGACGUCAUUCCUUCAUAUUAUGAAAGGCUCUUUUCUAUAAUCUCCAUUUGGCACCGACGUUCAACAAUCACAGAUACCACAAAUAGACCAGGAUGCAACGCAGAAACGAGAGGAUGAGUUUUGAGUGAGGGGCUUUUCUUUCUUUCUUUUCUUCUUACUUUUUCAAGCCUGUAAAACCUCCAACUGCUUCUCUCUUUUGUAUGUAAAACCUAUAUCUUCAAUGGUUGUCUGUGGAAACUUAGAAAAUUAAUAACUGAAGAAGAUGAAGAAGACAUAGCAGGUUGAGGAAAUGUAGUUGAACAAAAAAAAAAGUAAAUUACAACAUUGCAUCACAGAAUAAAUCCUGGAAUGCAGUGAAAUCCAGAUACGGUUAUGGUUGUUGUAUGGUUAUAUCUGACACAUUUAGACAGUACAUCAAAGUGCUUAUGUUUAUGAAU